AUGAAAUUCCUCAAGAAGAUCAUCCUAAAACUGAUUUGCGCUAAAUGGAAUGAAUUGAAAAGUGCCAUCUCGGCUCCAUCUCGUCCCACCGAUUUGGUCGACAGGGGCUCUUCUCUCCAAGAAUCGUUCAACAAGAACCCCAAACGAAAUCGGGAAUCUAAUGAGUAUUCGUCUUUCAGCUUUGAUCCCAUCUCUGCCCCAAGUCACAGCCAAUCAGAUCCAAUUACCUACUCGAGCUUGGAAGAGACGACAGAAAUCAACGAUUCGGAUUUGACCGUACCUGAGCUCGAAACCUCGUACCAGAUUAGUCAACUCGGCGAAAUCGUCGAUUACACGCAGAAUUCAAAUCCGUCUUUACCACCAUUUGUGGCAGCCGCGCGAGCUUUCGUCGAAAAAGAGACCCCGUUUGUCACGCCAUUCUUUAUGCCACCAAAACGGCGACGUUUCGUGGCUGGGAGACGGCUUCGCAGUCGAAUCACGAAGGCGGCAAAGAAUUGGAACAAGGCUGUCGAUCAAUUUCAGCGCCGGAAUCCCACCACCGAGCACAGCACAUACAUUGUACGUGUCACCAGGAAUAGUCAGAAGACC